AAGGAGAGGAGGGCGUCGGGAGCGUGCUUUCCGUGUCUGGUUAGUAGACUGACAGCCAGCUGUGCGGCUACAACAACAAUCUCCUUUGCUCCAUACAACAAGAUUCUGGUUUUGGUCAGCAACCGACUUCUGUAGCUGGUGUUUCAAAGCGAACACUCGACAGCACGCCGCCACUUUUGUCCCGUAUCACCGCCGGAUUGUCUGCUAACUAGCGAGAAGAGCGUUUCCUCCAACAUGAAUCCGUUGUGUGGCAGAUGUAAUCAAGUCGUUUACCCCACUGAAAAAGUGAACUGUCUGGACAAGUACUGGCAUAAAGGAUGCUUCAGCUGCGAGAUCUGCAAAAUGACUCUAAACAUGAAGAAUUACAAAGGCUUCGACAAGAGACCAUACUGCAAUGCACACUACCCCAAGACAAACUUCACCUGUGUGGCUGAUACUCCAGAGAACCUCCGCCUCAAACAGCAGACCAAGAUGCAGAGCCAGGUUCACUACAAGGAGGACUUUGAGAAGAAUAAAGGCAAAGGUUUCAGCGUGGUCGCCGACACGCCAGAGCUGCAGAGAAUUAAGAAAACGCAGGACCAGAUCAGCAAUAUCAAAUACCAUGAGGAUUUUGAGAAGAUGAAGACUGGAGCAGAUGCUCCAUAUCAGCCUACCACCCCCAACCAAGGAUCUUACCAGCAGCCUGCAGCCUCCCAGAACUACCACCACUAUGAGCCUACUCCUGAACCAGUGCGCCAGGCGGCUGCUGCUGCUCCUCCUCCCAGUUCUGGGAAGCGAUACAGAGCAGUGUACGACUACAAUGCUGCCGAUGACGACGAGGUGUCUUUCAUGGACGGAGACAUAAUCGUAGAUGUGCAGCAGAUAGACGAAGGCUGGAUGUACGGCCGCGUGGAGCGCACCGGCCAGCAGGGCAUGCUGCCCUCCAACUACGUGGAUCAAUGUUGAAUGACCGGGAAGAAGAAGUAAAGUAAAAGAGAGGAGAGAAUGAAAGAAAAUGAGGGAGGGAAAGAAGGAAAGGAAAUGCCCAGUGCCAUCUCAUCUUAACACCGCUUUAUCUUAAUUUUACUCUGGUUCCUUAAAAAAAGAAAAAAAAACCUGUCCUGCGACCUUUACCCUCCUCCGCUCUGCAUCCCUGCUCUGCUCUCACUGUCCGCCAGCCUGCUUCACGUCUGUCCGUCUGUGCCGAAGUCUCUGCUUCCUCUCUGUCCGCUCACAUUGAGAUAAACUCGUCACUUACAGAAAAACAUCAGGUCACACGGCGACAUCACUUACCAAUCCUAACCAGCUUAAAUACAGAAAGAAAUGCAAAAUAAAAUUCCCAGCACUCAAACUCCAAAUAUCCUGUAAAAACAAGUUUUCAUCUUAAUUAUGGAGCUCAAUCUUUGCCAGACUGGAAACAGUGUUUUAUCUCAGUGUCAGUUAUAAGCUUGAAUAUUUUUUCCUUUGAUUUUAUUUUAUUUUUUGACUUGUCUACAUUCCUUUAACUUCAAGCUCUGUGGCACCAAUCAGCCUCGCAGAACAGAGAGGUUUUAACGUAGAUGGACCCUAAACGUAUCAGGUUUGCUGUGAAACUGGAACAUUGGUUCUAACUGAAGAGCCCCUCCUGCUGCUCACACACACAGGAGGGAUCAGGGACAAGUUAGGGAACAAAACCUCUCAAAUCCACCUCAACUUAGUGCGAUUAUACUGUGCAUACGCCCUUAUUCUUGUUUUUGGAGCUCCACGUAUUUAUCUGUUAGAAGAAGAAUAAGAAAAAAACUUCCCCUGAUAUUAGAAUAAUCACUAAUAAAGAAAUGGUUUUAUAAAAGUGAGGGCCAAGCACAACUUUGUAUUGUGAUUCUCUUAAUUUUUUUUUUUUCUCCACUGUUUGUGUAAAACAUUCCAGUCAUUUAUUUCUAUUUAAUGUGAGAAAAAUCCUUUGCUGUGUUAAAUGUUGUUUAUCUCAUUGCUGUUCUUCUUUUGCCCGUCUUAUUUUUUAUUUUUUUAACUUGAAACGGUCGGUGUGUUUAAAUAAAGUAAAGAAUUGGUUUUGGGACCCAAAACAAUAGAGUUUAUCAUGAUAUUGGAUCAGGUGUUGGAGUGGUGAUAUUUUUGAUUAAAUGUUCUUUUUCAGCUCUAUCUUGCGGGUCGAUCCUAAAUUUUUUUAAAAUCUUCUGCCUGUGAAUGAAAUAAUUAAGGUUUUCAGUUUAUGAGCUCAAUUUUGAGCCUUUCACACUCAAACUUUAACAGAAAGAUGUUCGCUUGCAUCUGGCUUCCCCUUUUCUGGCCCAUGAUGCACUGUGAGCGUCACAGAUUCGAGCGAUCAGAGUGGGGCAGGUGCGAAGGGGUCAGGGGUCAAACUUGUUCAGCUUUGUUGACAUCAACGAUUUCAUUACGUAGCUAGAUGACAUUGUAUAAAUGUAUAUGCAUCAUAAAGUGCUGUGGGAAGUGGCUUGCCUGUAGGAGAAGAUGGUUUAUAUAUAUUUUUUUUUGCAAAUGUGGGGCAGUAAUUUGAUUUUACAAGUCGACUCAUGGAAAAGUUAGUGACGAACAUCUUUCGAGAUCUCACAAGUCUGCGACAUGACGUUUCUGAUGAAAAACGAGCACUGGAUCAGAUAAAAACAUCUUCACCGUGUUUAUAGAUCAUGUGAUUGAACUCAAAUUCUCCUCAACUGAAAAAAAAAUGGAGGACAUGAUUUCAGGCCUAAUAGUUGCUCAGUUAGGUCUCCAUUUCUCAGCUGAUUACAUAGAGUCCAGCUGGUUUUGUCCCCAGGGUGCGACUGUCGGUUUAGAUGACGGGGUUGUUUGAAUGUGGCUCAGGCUGGAUUUGCAAAGUGUUGUUAUGAUGGAAGCAUUUGGGGUUUUGACGGGAUACAGACGCUCUCUUCCUCCCAGCUUGUGGUGCAGGGCAAGUUGAGCUAAAUGCCUCUCCUGCACCCUGACUUCACUACUGAUCCGUACGCCGCUCCUCCCACUUUGUAUCUUUUUCCUCCUUUCCUGCUGCAGAGCCUCUUUCCUUCAGCCUUCGUCCAUCAUACUGGUUAUAUACUGUAGACUUCUCAGAGUGAAAUAAUGUUUAUAUCCACAGUUGCAGGUUUAGCACCCUGGACAAGUUUUGUGCAUUCCAUAUUAAACUGUUUUUUGUUUUUGGUAUGAUUUUGUUAUUAAAUGGAAAAAAGAGGAUAUCUCAUGCAUAUUGUCAUACACGUGUGUAUUGAAAAGUCAAAAUACUCGGAUUAAGGACCUGAUAUCAUCUCCUGUUGCCCUGUUACAGCACUUCAAAUUGUACUUAUGAUUCUGCAGAUUCAAUAAAAUGUCUUUUUUUUUUCUCAGA